AUGGCAAUCACCAAAUCCUCGUCAAUACUGGUCAUUGGUGCGGGUACCUGGGGUGCUUCCACAGCCCUUCACAUGGCUCGUAGAGGAUACAACAACGUGACAGUCCUCGAUCCUUGUCCUGUUCCCUCGGCUAUCUCCGCGGGGAACGAUGUUAAUAAAAUCAUCUCGUCCGGACAGUAUAGCAACCGAAAAGAUGAGAUCGAAAUCAACGAGAUCCUGGCCGAGCAAGCGUUUAACGGCUGGAAGAAUGACCCAUUAUUCCAACCUUACUACCACGAUACCGGUCUUCUGAUGUCCGCCAGCAGUCCGGCGGGCCUGCAGCGUCUGGGAAUCCGUGUGAGGCCCGAGAAGGACCCUGAUGUGGUCGAGGUAUCUAAGCCCGAGCAAUUCCGCCAAUUGGCGCCCCAAGUGUUGAAAGGAGAAUUCUCCGGAUGGAAAGGUUAUCACAUUCGGUCUGGAGCUGGCUGGGCACAUGCUCGAAAUUCCCUCCUCGCUGCGAUCGGGGAGGCCAAGAGAUUGGGCGUGCAGUUCGUUACCGGGUCUCCACAGGGACGUGUCAUCACACUUAUUUUCGAGAACAAUGACGUUAAGGGCUCUGUGACGGCGGAUGGCAAGAUUUGGCGAGCAGAACAGACUAUUUUGUGCGCGGGUGCAAGUGCAGGCCAAUUCUUGGAUUUCAAGAAACAGCUCCGACCGACUGCGUGGACUCUUGUUCAUAUAGCCUUGAAGCCUGAAGAACGGGCGCUCUACAAGAAUAUGCCGGUUAUCUUCAACAUCGAAAAGGGGUUCUUCUUCGAACCAGAUGAAGAACGCGGAGAGAUCAAGAUCUGUGACGAACAUCCUGGCUACACCAACAUGACACAGUCUUCCCACGGUGAUGUCAGGAGUAUCCCCUUUGAGAAAACCCAGGUGCCGCUGGAAUCGGAAGCAAGAGUCAGGGCACUUCUCUCGGAAACUGUACCCCAGCUAGCAGACCGUCCGUUCAGUUUUGCCAGAAUAUGCUGGUGCGCAGACACUGCCAAUCGUGAAUUCUUGAUUGACCGCCAUCCGGACCACCCAUCUCUUAUUCUCGGCUGUGGCGCAUCUGGAAGAGGUUUCAAGUACCUUCCGUCAAUUGGAAAUCUUAUUGUUGACGCCAUGGAGGACAAAAUGCCCCAAAAAAUCCAUGAGCUAAUUAAGUGGAAUCCAGAUCUUGCUUCCAAAAGAAAUUGGACGGACACCCUCGGAAGAUUCGGAGGGCCCAAUAGAGUUAUGGAUUUCCACGAUGUCAAGGAGUGGACAAAUGUAAAGCAUGGAGACCCUCCCAGAUUGUGA